AUGGCUAGGUCACUUAUGAAACCAUCAAAGCAUCAAUUGAAACACGUUUUAGAUCAGGUGAGCUGAUGUGUUCGGACGGAGUCAAAAAGUAAAACUUUUAUAGAUGAGUGACUUAGUAGAGCACGCAGAACUAGAAGCAAAUUUAGCUACGUUCCACGAAGAAAGCAAACUGGUUUGUUUUGUUCAACGCCGUUCAAUUGACAAUGCACUUUUUUUCAGACGGCUCAGGCGAACGAAUUCCGCAUGUCGCUAAUCAUGAUGUUGACUGCGUACCUUCGUUCCAGUGAAAUCGUCGGUCAACUGAAGUUCGAAGGAAUCGAAAUAGCCGGAAUCACCGCAUUCGGAAGCUGGCCCACUCCGUGCGCGACAAAGACAGCGACAUGGAUCUGUGUGUUUGCGGCCGGGCUGUCAGCGGAAUGGCCUUGUGAGCAGACUCCUUUGGAAGCCUCCGAAUGUUAUUUUCAGACCAGUUUCAAUCCUCCAAGCCAUUUACCGUGACAUGAAGUAUAAAAUGACAGCUCGCGCGUAUUUCGAAAAUCACUCAAUCCGCGACAUUUGCUUUGUGCAGACCGCCAAAGUCCCGAUCAUUCGCUUCAAGAUUGACGGAAUUCAAUUUGAUCUGAGCUCCACCCUCGAAAGGAAUCCGCCGCGAACGAGUCUUGCGGCCAAGUUUAUCAACGCUUACUGCCAGUUGGUUCAUUUGUGAAAGGAAUGAAAACAAUGCUUUGUGUUUUAGGAUAGACAGACGAGUCCCUCUUCUGAUCACUUUCAUAAAAUCGUGGAUGAAGUCCGAAGGCAGUGCAGAUGAUCACCUCAGAGAUUUCCCCAACUCGUUAGUGCAUAUCUGAAUAACUCGGGCUAAAUGAACUUUCAGCUAUUCGUUAAUUCUCAUGCUCGUACACGUUCUGCAAUGGUACGAUAUUCUUCCGAACAUCCACCAAACGCACAAGGAAAUGUUCAGUGUGGAGAAUUUUAAAAAUUGGAACGACGUCGAGAUCAACAACGAAUUCUACUACCCUCUCGACGAGAAUAGUUCGUAUUCGCCAGUGCUAUUCCUUGCAGUUGCACAUUUUCAGCUAUCGCUCUUCACCGCAAAAGACCGACCGACAAACUCACCGUCGUGCAGCUUCUCUGGCUGUUUUGUAGCCAUUAUCAGAACGAUCACAUAUUCAGAGAAUGUCGCUUCAACAUGAAAAACGGAAGAAUCGAGCAGCGGUCUAAAUCGUCAGUGUUUUCUCAAACGUGUCCCUUUCUCAUCACUUUUCAGUUCCAGAGAGCAUUCGUUCGAAAUUCUCUGUCCGUACGACGUCCGAAAUCCGGCAAGAAGUGCACGGAGCACUCUUGAAUUCACCGCGGCCUUGAAGUAUAGAGAGUAAGAAUAUAAUACUCAUCUCUGUUUAAUUUCAGAGAGCUCGGCCGAAUCCUGAACACUCCGCAUAGAUACAUGCUUCACAGUAUUCGAAGAAUCACAGCUGAGAAGACGUAUUUCCCGUCCCAAUCAAGUUCUCAGCUAUUCCAACAAUCAUACAUGUUUGUUGAACAUUUUCAGAUUGUCAAACCAAUAUCUGCUUUCAGGUACUAUCCACACUCACAGAAUGUUUUGUAUCCGCUUGAAGCCCACCAAUAUGUGUACAAUUUCCAGUUCGUUUCGGCUGAUUUCACUACCAUUUGCACCCAUUUCAUUUCAGGAGCCGUCCGAUGAACGUGGCUCAGCCCAGUAUUUCGAGCUCGCCGUGGUUCCCGUAUUCGCCUCCGAAUUCGCUUCCGCCACAAGUGUGCAAUCCCCAAUAUGCCGUCUUUGUCCCUCAUAUGCAAAACCAAAGCCAACGAAAAUAA